AUGGAGAAAUCUAAAGAAAGCAGCUUCUUGUUCUGUAAUUUGUGUGGGACAAUGUUGCUCUUGAAAUCACCCAGACAUGCGGAAUGUCCGCUAUGUAAAACAUCGAGAAAUGCAAAAGAUAUCGUCGAUAAGAAAAUAGCUUACACAGUUACUACUGAGGAUAUAAGAAGAGAACUAGGAAUAUCUCUGUUUGGUGAAAAAACACAGGAGGAAGCUGAGCUACCAAAGAUCAAAAAGGCGUGCGAGAAAUGCCAGCAUCCGGAGCUUGUAUACACGACUAGACAGACGAGAUCAGCUGACGAAGGGCAGACAACGUAUUACACUUGCCCUAAUUGUGGACAUAGAUUCACGGAAGGUUGA